AUGCAGGCCAAAGCGCUCGCUGCAGAACAAGCUUUCAAGCGCAGCACUGCAAGCCGAAACAGGCCGCCACCGCAUCCGUUCGUUGUUGCAGAAGACGCUCUGCGUCGUCUUGUGGGGACACAAACCAGUCAAACUAUUGUGGUUUCGGGGCAAAGCGGAGCCGGAAAAACCGAAACAAGCAAGCAGCUUAUGCUUUUUCUCACCCACGUCUCCACUUCCUCGCAGGAACCAAGCGGGAUUAUCCCUGACAAAGCAGUCGGGAUUAACAGCCAUUGCUCUGCACCCAGAACAGUUGCUGAGCAACGAACUGAAGUUGCUGCACUUCUAAGUGGCGUUCAGACGCAAAACGAAGCAACAGAGCUCCGAAAUCGAAUUGUUUCUUGCAACGCAAUCUUUGAGUCUUUCGGCAACGCUGCCACAAGAAGAAACCAGAACAGUAGCCGAGUUGGGCGACUCACACUUCUGCAUUUCGACAAUGGAGGUCUCUUGAGAGGUGGUAGUUUGAAGACGUACUUGUUGGAGGCUGCGCGGAUUACGGCGCACAAGAAGGGCGACCGAAACUUUCACGUGUUCUACCAGCUACUGAGAGGAGUGAGCGACGAAGAACGCAACUUCAUGGGAUUGACAAAGAACACAAAUGAUUACCGCAUAUUGAGGCCUGGAAAUUCUGACAAGUUUCUCCAGAAACUCUUCUCCAGAGAAGUUCAACCCGACGCAGUUCAGCAAAGUGACGGAGAUGCCGAUCAAGAAAGUGCUCAAUUUCCUCUAGAAGUGGACCAGAAAAAUUUUAAAUUAUUGGUGGAAGCCUUCAGACGUGCAGAAUUUUCGGUUUCUGAAAUCAACGAGUUGCUGCAAUUGCUGGCUGGGCUCCUCCACCUGUCCAAUGCUACUUUUGUUAAGCGCAAAGGCGAUUUCUUGGAGUUGCAGGACCAGGACUCAGAAGAGGCGAUCAAAAAGGCAGGGUCACUGCUUGGAAUAGAUGUACAUCAGCUCGAGGAAUCUCUGAGGUGUCGUCACAUGCUUUUGAAGGAAGAUGUCCUCUUUACGUGUAGGAACGAACAGCAAAGCAUAAGCGUUCGUUGCUCGCUAAUCAAGUUCAUUUACAGCAGACUAUUUGGCUACAUUGUACAGCGGCUUAAUGAUAGCGCUGCACGAUACAUGGGGGAAAGUGAAAAGCACCCGAAAAAGGGGUACGAGCACCGCAAGACAAUUGGCAGUGAGUAG